AUGUUGUCGCUGAGGACAGAAAAUCGCGGCACCGAGAGGCCGCCGAGUGAAAGUCUGAAGCAGGACCCGUUGGCGCAUAAAUGCUUGCGUCAGCUUGAUGAUCAUAAAGAGCUAACUCAAGAUAGUUUCAACUAUUUGUUGAACCUACUCAGAGAUGCCUUCCCGUCUAAGCGAUACAUGUUUAUCUCGAGCGACGUAGACGCAAAGCCAUUCGGCUUCACAAACACUGACUUUGUGGCUCCUUUUUACCAUCAUAAAAGGGAGCAGUGGUCAGUUAUAUGUGUGUGUUUUCAGCAUCAGGGCAAGGAGAAUCGGGGUAGGCCUAUUGUCAAGGCUCAGCACUAUGAUCCGGAUCCGUGUCAGGACAAGGGCAGGCAUGCUGAGGUGGGCGACAGGAUUCGCUCCUGGGUCGAGCGAGGGCAUGGCAGAAACGUGGAAUUGAAGUACAGUCGCGUAGAGGGACCGACCGUAUCGCACCAGAACGAAACAGGCAUUUAUGUCGUGAUGGGGGCCUUGGACUUCGGUGCCCGCAGGUCUAUUCGGUCGAAAGACAACUUCUGGAGCGGUAAUCCUGUAAAGACUAUCAAAGGUGCUUUGCAGGCAACUCAGUCUCAGUACCCUACCCCAGGAAGAACACCUGGAAGGAGGGGAUCCUCUAUCUCUUCUGCGGUUAAUGGAGCCGAGGUCAUGAAAACCCUCGCCAGAACACCCAACAACGAUACUCGGAAUGGUUGGGAACCUCCAACCUGUGAUCGACAGGACAUCUUCGGGACCCGAACACCUAAGGCAGGCAGCUCGAAGCGCAGACGCGUCGAUUCAGCUGAUCCUAUGGCGUUUGAGGUCAAGGGAAAGUUGGAUGAGGUUACUGCUUCCAUCUCGGUCCUGAAACUUCCUCUAGUGACAGCUCUUCAGAAGGAGGUCGAUGAUCGCCGCAACGAGCGCAACGAGCAUAACAUGAUUGUCGAGAAUAAGAAGGAAGAGUUAGGGAAGUGUCAGAACGAGCGAGCGUCACGGGCCAAGGAGCAUGGUAUUAUCGUUACAGAGUUGACGAAGCUCGGCGCCGAUAUCGCAGCUGAUGAGAAGGCUGCCAACGAAGAGCUAGCAGAAAUCCCUCCCCCCACGAGGAAGUUCAUCUUCCUCAUGCCAAAUACACUGCAGGACCUGUACAGAGAACGCUUUGAGGCAAACAUACAACCACAGAGGCAGAGGCACGAGCACUUAGGCGCGAAGAAGCGCACGGCGAGCGAUAUGUUGCAGUCGGUUGAACAAGUGUGUACUACACGUCAGGAGGAAGUAGAGCAGGCUGAAAAUGAGAUGAGGGUAAUCGAGGAGGGGGUGAAGAAGGCGUAUAUGAGGAAGGAGUUUGUGGCGAUGAUGGAGAGGCAUUUGGAAGAUCAUAAGGCUUUUCUAUUGCGGUUUGAGGGGGAUGAUUGGGAGAAGCAGUUCGAUAAGAGGGGAGGCAAAAUGUAGUGGUUUGGUAUGUUUUAUUAUUGGGUUUGGUUGGAGAUUUCUGUUACAUCGCGGACUUGUUUCGGCAGAUGCAUUUGUUUAGUCGGUGUUGGUCAUUAUGUCUCAGGUUAGCGUUUCUUUUUCCAUUGCAGACAAGGCUGUUUUAAUUUUGUGCGGAUUAUUUCUAUUUGGGACGCAUAGAUACCAG